ACAAGUCCCGGUAGGCUUCCGGAACUCGGCCCCGACUGCACGUGCGCACACAGCUGCCCGCCGGAAGAAGCGAGCCUGGCUGUGUUUAUCUCGUUGGGGACCCAGUCGUCGGUUGGCGCUCAACGGGUUCCAGGCUGCCCGCGGCCCCGCCCCGGCCCGGCCUGACAAGGUAGCAGAGGCAGCAGGCCGUGCCGGGGGGGCAUGUUGCUGUAACCAGUGGCCCAGGGGAUGUUACGGUGGACAGUGCACCUGGAGGGCGGGCCCCGCAGGGUGAACCAUGCUGCAGUGGCUGUUGGGCACCGGGUAUUCUCCUUCGGGGGUUACUGCUCUGGUGAAGACUACGAGACACUGCGUCAGAUUGAUGUGCACAUUUUCAAUGCAGUGUCCUUGCGCUGGACAAAGCUGCCCCCGGUGAGACCCACCAUCCGAGGGCAGCCUCCUGUGGUACCAUACAUGCGGUAUGGACACUCAACCGUCCUCAUCGAUGACACGGUCUUCCUUUGGGGCGGGCGGAAUGACACGGAAGGGGCCUGCAAUGUGCUCUACGCCUUUGACGUCAAUACUCACAAGUGGUCCACACCCCGCGUGUUAGGAACAAUUCCUGGGGCUCGGGACGGACAUUCGGCUUGUGUCUUGGGCAAGACCAUGUACAUUUUCGGGGGCUACGAGCAACUGGCGGACUGCUUUUCCAAUGACAUUCACAAGCUGGAUGCCAGCACCAUGACAUGGACCCUUAUCUGUACAAAGGGCAAUCCUGCGCGCUGGAGGGACUUCCACUCAGCCACAAUGCUGGGCAGUCGCAUGUAUGUCUUUGGGGGUCGCGCUGACCGAUUUGGGCCGUUCCAUUCCAACAAUGAGAUUUACUGCAACCGCAUCCGAGUCUUUGACACCAGGACUGAGACCUGGCUGGACUGUCCAACCACCCCGGUGCUGCCCGAGGGGCGCCGGAGCCACUCAGCCUUUGGCUACAAUGGGGAACUGUACAUUUUUGGUGGCUAUAAUGCAAGGCUGAACCGGCACUUCCAUGACCUGUGGAAAUUUAACCCUGUGUCCUUUACCUGGAAAAAGAUUGAACCAAAGGGAAAGGGGCCAUGUCCACGCCGGCGCCAGUGCUGCUGUAUUGUUGGUGACAAAAUUGUCCUCUUUGGGGGCACCAGUCCGUCUCCUGAGGAAGGCCUGGGCGAUGAGUUUGACCUAAUAGAUCAUUCUGACUUACACAUUUUGGACUUUAGCCCUAGUCUGAAGACCCUGUGCAAACUGGCUGUCAUUCAGUAUAACCUGGACCAGUCCUGUUUGCCCCAUGACAUCAGGUGGGAGCUGAAUGCCAUGACCACCAACAGCAAUAUCAGUCGCCCCAUCGUCUCCUCCCACGGGUAGAAGGAAGUUUUUGCCGCCAUCCCUCCUGAGCCUGCUGUUGUCUUCACUGCCCCUGCCUGUCUCUCACCCGCCUGCCCCUUUGGACCCUGGUAUACCUCCACAUGGAGUUGUUGGACUAGAGGUGUUUUUGUGCUGUGAACUCAGUGGGGAGCUGUGGAGGGGGGGGCGAGGUUCCCCCCUCCUUGGGCCGAGGGCCCCUUCCCUUGGUGCUCUGUCCCAUCCGCCUUCUUCCAACUGCUCCUGGACUCUGCUCCGUCCCAGGCCCGCGGGGCUCUGAGAAGGGAAGGGAACGGGGAGAAUGGAGAGGGAGAGCAAGCAGUGUCGGGUCCUCAGAAGCUCCCCUCCCGCUGUUUCCCCUCCGCCCCCGCUUGAGCCCUGAGCAUGAUUGGGAGCCGGAGAAGCUGCAGCUGUUGCCAUGAAACCUCCUUCGCCCUGACCCGGGGAAGGCGAGGACCAGCAGAUAACCUACCCCUUCCUUGAGCUGUUGCUGUCACCCUGUUGCUCACAGCCAGCUCAGAUUUUAUAAAAAUGGAUUAAAGACCUCUAAACGAA